CAAUGCCAUUUCUUUACAAAUUUCUCCCCCUCCAUUUUGCCUGUUUGACAUCUGUCCCAACCUCCAACAAAUUCAAUUCCUCCCCCACAUCCAAAAUUUUAAAUAAUAAUAAAAUAAUAUAUACUACAUGUAUAUAUACAUGCUUGCUUAUAUAUAUAUAUAGGCAUUACCUCAUCAAAAACUUCACGAGUAUUUCUUGCUGUACGGAAACUCGUUACAUUCUUCCAAUAACAACAAUAAUAUCUCUCUCUAGCGCUCUGUUUAUAUAAAUUGAAAACCACCAUGCAAGAAGAAGAAGUUCUCUGUGUAUCCAAGUACAAGUACUACUACUACUCCUGCUCCUCCUCCCCGAGCAUGAUGAUGAUGAUGAUGAUGUUGUUGAUGGUGGUGGUGGUCGGGUGGUUGAUGCUCCGGCAAUGGUGGUGGAGCUGGCGGCGGCUCCGACUGCCCCCGGGGUCAAUGGGAUGGCCUUACAUCGGAGAGACUCUCAAGCUCUACACUCAGAAUCCCAACUCCUUCUUCUCCACCCGCCAGAAACGGUACGGGGAGGUGUUCAAGACGCACAUCCUGGGGUGUCCAUGCGUGAUGAUAUCCAGCCCUGAAGCGGCCAGGAUCGUGCUGGUGACCCAAUCUCAGCUGUUCAAGCCCACCUACCCUCCCAGCAAGGAGAGGAUCAUUGGGCCGGAAGCCCUCUUCUUCCACGGCGGCGAUUACCAUUCCGUCCUCAAGAAGCUGGUCCGGGACUCUUUCCUGCCCGUUGCCCUCAAACCCUCCGUCCCCGCCCUGGAAUCCAUCGUUCUCUCCCUUCUUUCCCCCUGGGGCUCCUCUGACUCUGACUCCUCCGUCGUCAUCAACGCGUUGCAAGAAAUGAAGAAGUUUGCUUUUGAGGUGGCAAUACACUCGGCGCUAGGAGGAGAAAAGGCGGCGGCGGAGAUCCAAGGAAUAAAACACUUGUAUCACCAGCUGGAGAAAGGCUACAACUCCAUGCCUUUGGAUUUUCCCGGCACUGCCUUUCACACUGCCAUGAAGGCAAGAAAGAAGUUAACGGAGACAUUGAAAAGAUUAAUAAAGAAGAGAAGAGAAAGCAUAAAUGACAGUACCGAUGAAGGCGGCGGAGGAGGAGGAGCAUUGUUGGAAAUGUUGCUGCAGAGAGGCAAAACUAAUUACCAAAACAACAACAACAAGAAGAAGUACUACGAGCUGAGUGAAACCCAAAUCGUGGAUAACAUAAUAGGAGUCAUAUUUGCUGCUCACGACACCACUGCCAGUGUCCUCACUUGGGUCCUCAAGUACUUGCAUGACCAUCCUUCCAUCCUUGGGGCUGUCUUGAGAGAGCAAGAAGAAAUACGGGAGUUAAGAAUUGAUGAAGGAAAUCGAGGCCUGAUGUGGGAAGACACAAAACGAAUGCCCUUCACUACCAGGGUGAUACAAGAAACAUUGAGGAGUGCAAGCAUCCUGUCGUUCACGUUCAGGGAAGCAGUGGAAGAUGUGGAAUUUCAAGGGUAUGUCAUCCCUAAAGGUUGGAAAGUGCUCCCUCUCUUCCGUAGCAUCCAUCACUCCCCCCAAUUUUAUCCGCAGCCUCACAAGUUUGAUCCUUCCAGAUUUGAGGUACAACCAAAAGCAAACACAUAUAUGCCAUUUGGGAACGGAGUGCAUUCGUGUCCAGGGAAUGAGCUGGCUAAGCUGGAGAUGCUUAUCUUCCUUCAUCACUUCACUACCAAUUUCAGAUGGGAAGUGGUGGGAGGGGAAGAAGAUGGGAUACAAUACGGUCCAUUCCCGGUGCCUAAGGGGGGCUUCCCAAUUAGCCUCACCCGAAGGUCGUCCAAGAUGGAGUGAAUAUUAUUUUGCUACUUAAAUAGGAAAAGAAAGAAAGAAAAAAAAAAUUAGAACGGUCGUGUGUCAUCUGUAAAUUAAAAAAUCUAACUUUGUAAGUUUGUUUGAAUAUUGUAUGCUGUUUAAUCAAUUAAUUUGUGCAGAGAGCACACACAAC